UUUUUUUGUUUUAAUUUGAGUUUCACGAGUCCUUGUUGUUGAAAUCCAAAUAAAGUACUGUGUUAUGAUGGACCACUGUAUAAGGACUGAUUCGCCUCACAUUUCUUUGACAGAAAUUUCACAUGAUACGCAUGUGUAACUAGUAACUUAUAGAAAUCCAUGUUACUUUCUAUACCCAAUCAGCGUGAUUGUUAAUUUGUCGAGAUUUAGAAAUGUUUGGGAAUCAAGAGCAAAGUGAAAGCCAAAACGUGAUAUCGAUAUUUCCCGCGCUUGGCACCGGUCACGUGCUUUUGCUGCUAAGAUCUUGGUCCUCUUAGGGGUUCUUUUCAAAAUUUCCGACGAUCACCCCCGUCCUUUUUAAAUGGGAGUCUCCCCUCACCGGCAAAACCGUGCCUGUCACAAGGAAAUGUCGGGUGCUUGUUUUCGCUUCAUUGGAGAACUUUGAUUGAGGGAUCAACGCGUCCUGCCUGACACGGUCAAGGUAGUCGCUCACAGUAAUACAUAUUGGUUGUUACUUGCGGCUAGACACGAGUUUAUCUCGGCUGUGCGCGCCUGUUGUUGUCGGUAAUGGGAGAGGGCUGUAGAGGGGACGGGAACGGUCGGGAUCGAUUGACCGUUGCGUUACAUACGAAGCGUCAAGUCACGCUCAAUGCAGUAGAUUCUUGACUCAGAUUCUUGUCUCGUCUCCUUUACAUCUCGACGUGACAGUAAUAACCGUUGAGAUCACUUGAAUUAAGCCCGCAAGAAUUUAUUUCGCAGAUUCCGAAGUCGAUUUGGUCCUGUGUUUGGAACGUUCGUGAAAAUACCACACUCGCGCUGGCGAAUGUUUGUAUGAAUUCAUUUGCAUACGAUUACUGAAACCUGUGAUCGCUGCAAACAAACAUGGCGUUUACGCCACUGUUAUGGCUAGUUCUCUUCGUGGCUCCUUCAACAAGUCUUGCUCAAUGUCCUAAAAAUUGUCUUUGCUCUUCACAAGGAAGCCCAGGAUCGCCGAGUUAUAAGAAAAUCGUCGAUUGUUCAGGAAAACUCGGCAAUUUGGAAGUCGCUCCCGACAUCCCAACGGACGCUACUCAUCUAGACUUGCGUAACAAUCGUCUGAAGAUAGUAGCAUCAAGUAUUAUCCAGAAAACGCCUGGUCUGAAAGAACUUUACUUGAGUGGAAACCAGUUGACCUGUGACUGCAAACUGCUCGGUGUUCACAAUGCUAGCCUCCACCUAUCCAAGUUUACAGGCACUUGUUACAAGCCGGAAAAACUCAGUGGCAAGGAUAUCGCGUCUCUUAAGCGAAGGGACUUCUGUCGUGGUUGUGCUUUGGUCAAAGAGUCUCAGAAGUCAAACAUUGAUAAAGAGUACUCCAUGGAAAUCAAUGCUAACUGCGACACUCACGUGCGACUGUUUUGUCGAGGAAUGAACACCGACUCUCCCAAAGAAUAUAUUACACUUUUUUCUGUCCAGAAAGAAAACUUUGCUUACGUUCACGACUACAUACAGCCUUCCGCAUCGAAAGACAGUUGUGAUAAGGCCAACGGAGGCUCUACAUACACCGAGGCGGGAUCAACAAGUUUCUCUAAAGUCCGCCUGGAUCUCAACAGUAUGACUAUUGUAGCCAAUGAUUUCCAUUACUCCACUACAAGCUCUGGAAAACAGAUCAAAUAUGGUGAAGCAGGAGAUUGCUAUUCUGCCAGCAAAGAAAAUUGUCGGAAAGGAAAAUUUAAAAUUGAUCUUACAGGAACCGGUUUUCGCCUUAAGGAAGAAGUUUACUGGGAACCUUAUGGUACUCCAUCAGAUAUGAAGAACAUACUGAACAUUAAUGAUGACCGUACACGAGUGUCUGCAGAGUGUGGUGGCUAUUGUGGAGGUUGUAGGCCUCAUGGAAAGUUAGGAGUGGAGUUGGAUCAAACGUAUUGCCCACAAGAGGGAAUUAAACCUUGCCAUCAACCAUUAGGAAUGGAGGACCGUUCUAUUACAGACAGCCAAAUCACAGCCUCCAGCUUUAAAAAUGACCGAAGCAAGAGUUUCAGACCAGCUUACGGCCGACUGAACAACAGACCCUCUGGAGCUAUGGGUGGGGCUUGGUGUGCAGGAACAUCAGACAAAUCCCAGUACCUACAGAUAGAUCUGAGAAAGGAGAUGACAUUAUCCGGUGUUGCCACUCAAGGACAGAUAGAUGAAGCCAACUGGGUUGCAACAUAUUCCAUUCAGCACAGUAAGGAUGGAACCAACUGGAAGGAUUACAAGGAAUUUGGAUAUAAGGAGAAAUUUGAUGGCAAUGUGGACCAGCACAAUGUCGUGAAAAACUGGUUUAAUCAGCGAUUCCGAGCGCGGUUCGUGAGAAUAAGACCUGAUUUGUAUAGCAGUCCAACAAACACAAUCUGCUUACGUGCUGAGCUGUACGGAUGUGAUACAGAUAUUGUCUCUGUUGCGAUCCAAAGCAGUAUGACGAAAAACUGUUGGACGCCAAUGACCUUCUCAAAUCCAUGCGAGCCUGGAGAUGGAACGCUGUUUUCUUUACAAUCCUACUGUCAGGGGGAGGGAGUGAUGAUGACGUUUCGUGGUGAUGGAAGCCUGGUCCACAGCUGUAGCGGCAAGUGCGUGUUCAAGAACGCAAAAGAUCAACUUGCCCUCAGAGACGGACCAUGCGAUACAUUUACAAGGCGUGAAAAUCCUUCUGGGGCUAUAGUUCUUACUCAUACAGCCAGUGGCUUGUGUGUCAACUUGGACGCUGCGAACAAGUUGAUUUUGACUAACUGCAGUAGCACGUAUCUGUUUGAGCUCACACAAUCAGGUCUCCAACCAAUUGAACCUAAGUUAAAGAAAACUAGCCCUCAGUACCUAACACUCAAUAAACCUGGCUGGGUUCACUUCAAAGUUGUUUCUGAUCCCCGCGCAAAGUUAUUCUGGAGUAAAAUGCGACCAUGGCCUGAUGGAGAGAAACUUCCCAGCCUCGAAUUUGUGCCAUUUUCAAAUGGAUCAUUGUAUGUGAGGAAGGCAAAGAAAAGUUAUGAGGAUAGUUACUAUUGUACGGCGGUCAAUUCUGGGGGGUAUGACUUUGAAGAUGUCGACGUUAAAGUGGGAGAGCCACCUCGUCUGGUCAAAAUUCCAAGCGACUUGACAACUUCAGUGAACAAAACAAUCAUGUUUGACUGCAAAGCCACAAGUGAUUUUGGAAUUAAGUAUUUUUGGUUCCAACGUGUGAAAGGAUCUUCUUCUUUGAUCUCCAUAUUAAAGCUGGACAAACGAUUCAACAUUUUCCCCAAUGGUUCUUUGGAAAUACGCAGGGUACAGAAAAAAGACGAGGCAUUCUACCACUGCAAGGCUGAAAACCCCAUCGGAUCUAACAAUGUUUCAGCUUUUCUGCGAGUUUUGGUUCCACCAAGCUUUACAAUCCGUCCUCGUGGUGCUGCCGAGCCAUCUGGUAGCUCUCCUGUGUAUAACUGUCAAGCAGAUGGGGACCCCAUGCCGACCAUCAGCUGGACCAAGAUUGGUUUGACCCAGCCGCCAGCAGAGCAGCUAAAGAAUGGCAGCUUAUUACUUAGGGACAUUAAAAAAUCUGAUGAAGGACGAUAUACGUGUUCAGCAACCAGUAGCCUGAAGACCAUCACAACUAAAAUUACUAUAAGUGUUUACACUGCCUGUAGAAUUGAUCCUCAGCGACAUGCAGUCCACCGCCCAAAUCGCAGGUUCUUUGCAGCUGGAGAAAAAGUUACUGUCAGCUGUAAAUUAGGGUUUAGAACAAAACAAGAUGGAAAUCUAUCUUGUCAAGAUGAUGGAAACUGGGACAAGAGCUUUCCCCAGUGUACUGAUCUCGAUGAAUGCACAAUCCUUGCAUCACUUCCAAGUCCACAAAAUGACACCAACCUUCGAAGCUGUCACGAGAAAGCGACCUGUGUGAACACUGUAGGCUCGUACAGAUGCGAGUGCAUCCGAGGAUAUGCUGGGGACGGAUUCACAUGCAUCGCCGUUUGUUUGCCACCAACGCGGCGAGGGAAUGAAAAAUGGACACCGGAAAAACCAAGUUACCGCAUUGGCGAGACUGUAUGGCUAAACUGUGCCACUGGGUACAAGCUUGCAGAUUCAGGUGUUUCAAGUGUCACGUGUGGCAAAGAUACUCAGUGGACUACCCCAAGUCCAACAUGUCAAGACAACAAUGAGUGCGAGGGAUCUCCCUGCCACAACACUGCUGACUGCAUCAAUACCGAGGGCUCAUUUACAUGUAGAUGUAAACAAGGAUUUGAAGGAGAUGGCAUAACGGAAUGUAAAGUGGAGAAAAAACGUGUCGUGACUGGAUCUGAUGGCAAAGCGUGGAAGUAUUCAGACAAGUUGAACGCCCUCGACGAUAAACUCAAGCAAUUUGAAGAGAACAAAAUUACCUCUGAAGAACUCUUGGACGUGGUAUUAAACUCCUCUACCCAGGCCCCGGACUCUAAACAGUUGCUUCCGGGUGAUCUGGUCAUGGUCAUGAAAGCAAUGAAUACUGCUGUGUCAAAUAUGAAUGCCAAACAAAGAAUGUCAGCUGCUAAGCAAACUUUGCAAAUUUCAAGUAACAUUUUGGAUAAGAAGAACAAAGCCCAGUGGGAUGAACUGCAAGAGGACUCCAAGGGUGUUACUGAGGUAAUGACUUUAUUGGACAAGUUCGCCAUGGAGCUGGCCACUGAUUUAGAAAAGCAAGGCUCUGUAAACGGUAGCAAUGCUACUGUUGAAGUUAAAAUAGACAGUAUUGAAAUGAAAGUGAUGGUAAAAGAGGCGAGGAGUUUUUCAAGCGAUGUGGAGUAUCCUGAAAACACAAAAGAAGGGAACGAUGGUUCCGCACAGGUUCGCUUGCCUCAAGAACUAUUUGAAAAAUACAAAGAUGGCACUCUCGUCAAAGUGACAAGUUUGUUAUUCAGAGACUUGGGCGAGCUGAUGCCAAAGAGAGGAGAAGGAAUGAAGAAGUUCGAUGUCAGUUCUCCAAUCGUGUCCAGUUCCCUGUCUCCUGCUCCGUCCGAUGAUAAGCUGGACCCACCUGUCACCAUCAUUACGAUGAAUGAAAAGCCAGCAGACGUGGAGGCGGUCGAGAAAUGCGUUUAUUGGGACUUUGAAAAGUCUAAGGAUCUGGGUGGUAGCUGGUCAGCGGAGGGCUGUCGAGUGGUAUCUAGCGGAAGUAACGGAACAGUGUGUGAGUGUGACCAUCUGACCAGCUUUGCCACGUUGUCUGUUUAUGACAAGGAACUCGUUUUUUCCCUUAUUAUUUACAUUGGCUGUGGUCUGCUGCUCUUUGCCGCGCUGAUAGCGCUGAUAAGACACUUAUACAUCUACUGCAAGCUCCGUGCAGAGCGUUCCAUUUUACACAUUAACCUCUGUUUGGCCAUAGCUGCUGGUAUAGCUCUCUUCAUUGGCGGGCUCAAACUAACGAAAAUUCGGGUGGUGUGUAUUAUUGUUGCCGCAUUGCUUCAGUAUUUCUUCAUCGCGAUGUUCUGCUGGGCAUUGUGCGAGGGACUUCAGCUCUUCAUGACUCUUGCAACAGGGAAAAACAAGAAAGCCACACGACUAAAGUAUUUCUUCAUCAUUGGAUGGAUUUUCCCGCUGAUUACAGUUGGAAUCUCUCUCGGCGUAACUCAACUGCGUGGCUUCGGAAGUGAUGAAUGGUGCUGGCUUGAUUACUCGACCGUGUUAAUGUGGGCCUAUGUUGGUCCUGCUGGUGGAUUUAUUCUGGUCAGCCUCGUCUUGAUGUUGAUGAUCCUCUGUGUCAAAGGAAGAGUUGUCGACUCUACGGAUAGGCGAAAAGUCUGGUGAGUAAAACAUCAAAUUGUUCUUGAUUCUCCAAACUGCCAGACCUGUCAAGAACCAGCAAUCGCAGACGCAUUUUCUUGGCCCUUCAGUUUUAUUAAGGGAGCUACGUCACGGUUAACGCAUCUUGAAAUGUUUAGCCUAAAUUUUUCAAGUUCGUCGUUUGUAAUCCGUAUCCGUAAUUCGUCGUUUGU